AUGGCACCGUGGCUCAAGUUCUGCUCCUUCUUCUUCUCCCUUACCGCCUGUUUCGAUGGCCCGCGGCUGGCUGUGUCCGCAGGAGGCAGCAGUGGCGGCAGAAAAGGGCCAGCGGGCGAUGCUUGCGGCUGGAGGGGUUUGUCACCAAUGGGAAAGAACACUGGACUGCUUAAUAUCACCUUUAAGUAUGACAACUGCACUCCUUAUUUGAACUCAGUGGGAAAACAUGUGAUUGGUGACGUACAGAACAUCACCAUUAGCCAGUAUGCAUGCUCUGAUCAAGUUGCAGUGACAAUACUGUGGACAGCAAAUCCAACUGGUAUUGAAUUUGUGAAGGGAUUUCGAGUGAUACUUGAAGAAUUAAAAUCAGAAGGGAGACAGUGUCAACAGUUGAUUUUAAAGGACCCAAAGCAGCUAAAUUCAAGUUAUAAGUGGACUGGAGUGGAGUCGCAGCCUUUUCUAAAUCUGAAAUUUGAAACUGAUUACUUUGUAAAGAUUGUUCCUUUCCCAUCCAUUAAGAAUGAAAGUAACUACCAUCCCUUCUUCUUCAGAACUCGGCCUUGUGAAUUGCUGCUACAGCCAGAAAACUUAGCCUGCAAACCUUUUUGGAAGCCAAGGAAUCUGAAUGUUACCCAGCAAGGCUUUAAUAUGCACGUGUCUUUUGACCAUGCACCACAUAACUUUGGAUUCAGAUAUUAUUAUCUGCACUACAAACUGAAAAGCGAAGGACACUUCAAGCAGAAGACUUGCAAACAGGAGAAAAAUGCAGAUGUCACAAGCUGUAUUCUUCAAAAUGUCUCACCAGGAGAUUAUAUAAUUGAGCUGGUUGAUGAUACCAACACCACAAGGAAAACAAUACAUUAUGUACUCAAGCCAGUGCACUCCCCAUGGGCAGGGCCUAUCAGAGCAAUAGCCAUUACUGUUCCCUUGGUUGUCAUCUCAGCAUUUGCAACACUUUUUACAGUGAUGUGUCGCAAAAAGCAACAAGAAAAUAUCUAUUCCCAUUUAGAUGAAGAGAGUUCAGAAUCAUCAAACUACUCUGCUGUUCUUCAUGUUGAAAGGCAACGGCCUCGGCCCAAAGUAUUCAUCUGCUAUUCCAAUAAAGAUUGUCAGAAACACAUUAAUGUCAUUCAGUGCUUUGCCUAUUUCCUUCAGGACUUCUGUGGCUGCGAGGUUUCUUUAGAUUUAUGGGAAGAUCUGAGGAUUUGCAAAGAAGGGCAAAAAGAGUGGCUUCAUCGAAAAAUCAAUGAAUCCCAAUAUAUCAUCAUUGUGUGUUCCAAAGGAAUGAAAUACUUUGUGGAGAAAAAGAACUGGAAGCACAAGGGAUCUAGAGAAAAGGAUGCUGGGAAAGGAGAACUUUUUCUGUAUGCCAUUGGUACAAUAGCAGAGAAGUUGCGUCAUGCAAAGCAGGAUUCACAUGAUCUCUGCAAGUUCAUUGCCGUCUACUUCGAUUACUCCUGUGAGAAUGACAUUCCUGGUGUUCUGGAUUUAACGAGAAAGUAUAAGCUCAUGGAUAACCUGCCUCAGCUUUACUCUCAUCUACAGUCCAGAGAUAGUGGCCUUCAUGAUUCAGAAUUGUAUCCUGUACACAUUAGCAAAAGAAAUUAUUUCAGGAGCAAAUCAGGACGGUCCCUUUAUGUAGCCAUUUGUAACAUGCACCAGUACAUUGACCAGGAGCCUGACUGGUUUGAAAAACAGUUUGUGCCUUUUUGCCCAGCUCCUUUGCAUUACCAAGAGCCUGUGAUGGAGAAAUUUGACUCUGGUUUGGUGCUAAAUGACUUAGUCAACAAACAAGUAGCUGACGGGGAUUUCUAUCUGGCAGCAGAUGCAAAUGUUAUUCCACCUUUAAAUCCAGACUCUCAUUGUGUGCUACAGCAUGUGAAUCUCGGAGAGGAGAGAGACUCUCAGGAUGUUCAGAAUGGUAGUUCCAUUCUUCAACCAUUACUACAUGUUGUCAAAGCUGCCAAUCUCCCAGAUAUGCCCCGAGAUUCCGGAAUUUAUGAUUCUUCAGUUCCUUCAUCUGAAUUGUCAUUACCUUUAAUGGAAGGGCUCUUAGCAGACCAAACUGAAACCUCUUCCAUUACGGGGAGUGUUUCCUCUUCAUCAGGACUGGGAGAAGAAGAGCCUCCUUUGCUCGCUGCCACCAAAUCCCUAGUGCCUGGAGUAUGUAAAGCAGAACUUCAUUGUCCCAUCCACAAGGAAGAACUGCAGGCAAUAGCACCUUUAUAA